ACCCCUGAAGGUGAUAUUACACGAAAUUGUUCAAGAUUGGAAUUACAGACAUUUUCAGCGUUUUUUUUUUUGGGAGGGUGGGUGUAUAAUCUUUCCACGCCCACAAUCAGAUUGUUUUCUUUUUCCCUUGUAUAUGUUUACUAUUUUUUUUCUCUUUUCACUGUCACCUCCUUUUUCCCUGUCUAUAUAUUUCCCACUUUUUCGGUUCCCAUUAUCACUUCCGUCAGUUGCUCCACACCAAAGCUUCAGGCCUAGCUUCAUCAUGGCAGAACAUGAAGGAAGGGGCAUCCUCAAAAGUGAAACCCUCCUCAAGUAUAUCUUAGAAACGAGUGCAUAUCCAAGGGAAGCUGCUCAACUCAAGGAACUAAGAGAGGAAACUGUUAAGAAAUACAAUGAGUCAUUGAGCAUCAUGGGUGUACCUGCUGAUGAAGGGCAGUUCAUAGCAAUGGUUCUAAAGCUCAUUAAUGCGGUGAAGACAAUAGAGAUUGGUGUCUUCACUGGCUACUCCCUUCUCACCACUGCUCUUGCAUUGCCCCAUGAUGCCAAGAUAAUUGCAAUAGACCCAAAUGGGGAAGCAUACAAGGUUGGUUUACCUUUCAUCCAAAAGGCCAAUGUGGAGCACAAAAUCAACUUCAUUGAAUCACCUGCCAUGCCAGUCCUAAAUGAAAUAUUAAGCAAAGGAAACCAUGAUGAAGAAGGUUUUGAUUUUGCAUUUGUGGAUGCUGACAAGGAAAAUUACAUGGAAUAUCAUGAGAUACUGAUGAAACUAGUUAAGGUGGGAGGGAUUAUUACAUAUGAUAACACUCUGAUGUUUGGUGCAGUUGCAAUGGGGGAAAAUGAUGAGAUGUCUCCAUUUAUGAGGAAAUACAGAGGCCCCUUGAUGAAGUUGAACAGCUUCUUAGCUUCUGAUCCCCGGAUUGAACUCUCACACAUUUCGAUUGGUGAUGGCCUUACCUUGUGUAAGCGUCUCUAUUAACAGUUUAAACACCUUUCUCUCUCUCUCUCUCUCUCUCUCUCUCUCUCAAAUAAGAUUUGGUAAGCAUAUGAAGACCAAUGUAGAUUUGGAAAUCUGAGAUUUAUAAAUAUUUAUAUAUUAUGGCUACUCACUUUAUCCUUAUGGUUGGUCUCUCUUCCUGAUUUAUUGAGGGGAAAAGUAGAUAGCCAUGUAGUAUUACAAAGUAUAUAUUUCUCGAGCAUAUUUAUCCCAUGUAGCAUACCAUUCAUCUUCAUCUUCAUGUACGAUGCAACUACUAAAAUCAUAUAUAAAUUGUAUUGAUAAAUGAAAAA